GUCACCAGAUCCGAAACCCCGAUUUCAUUUAUUACCCACGACAUGAGUAAGUUGGGCUGAAAGUCCAUUCUGCUCUCUGGACCUGGGACGUAUUGGGGUUAAGUGGAAAAAAAUCAAUCUAGUCCAGUCCAAGGAAAACAGUGGAGUAGUAUCGUGAGAACUGAGAAGGUCUUCGAUCAAAGGCUCUCUCCAUUGCAGGCUUGCAGUUUCGUCUUGGCAAGAACAGUUCUGAGAAACAACUGAACUGAGGGUUCGUCAAGGAAAAGUCAAGAAAUCAAGAGAAGGAGAAGGAGCAAUUGGCGUCGUGUCUCGCACUCAGCAUCUUACCCUUCUGUACGAUUUGCUCUAUCAAGUUUGAUUCCCAAAUUGCUUCCUCUUUUUCUAUUCCAAUCCCAACGCCGCCUGCGACCUCAAUCUUAAACUUGAGGUGAGCUUUCCUUGUUCAUCCUUUUUACGAUGGGGCUGCUAUGGUUUCCGGGAGUGGAGAUGAGUAUGGUUGUUAUCUUUAGUACACAGUUGGCUGGAUGAAUCGUCAUAGCAGUUUUUACUUUGAAGUGGCUAGGUUAGGGAUGCCCUCGCUAUGGGCCGUAGUCAGCUGAUGUCUUAAUAGAUCCUCGUCAGUGAUCGUUUUCUUCUCUUCAUUCCUCAGUAUAGGGUAGGGUAGGGUAGGGUAUAGAUAGUGACUUGGAUUGAAGUUGUGGAGUUAUUCCCCUGGAAGAUCUAUGUGGAAUUUUUUGCCUGUAGUUAGUUGUGGGGUUUCAGCGCAGCUAAUUGCUUCUUGUGGGCACUGACUAGGCAAGCAUUGCCUUUGGCUUGUCAGGUUUCUGAAGUAGUGCAGGGCUAUGGCUGGGUUUUUUUUUCUCGUUUGAAUGGCUGGCAGUUCAGGGCAGAAAUGAGAGACGACGGUAGUUCAAUGUUAAUGGGAGAUAAGUCCUAGAAACCCUGGUGCCAACUUCAGUUGGCCAUUUGAUGCUGCUAAUGGGAGAUAAGUCCUAGAAGAAGGCUAUCCCUAUCCUGACUCCUGACUACAUUUGUCAGUUCGCAUGAUUUGAUAGCGUCCCUGAAUCAAAUGAAAAACACUUACCAAUGUGGUUCAAUCCCACUGACAUCUUUUGUGUGCCAAGCAAUUCCUGGGACUCGGUCUCUCAUAGUUUUGCUAAUUGCGGUCAUGAUGAUGGAUGUUGUGUUUUUAGGAUAUACAGGGAAUGUUUUUCCGAGAUUUUAUAUUACACCUGGUUCUUUGUUUGUAGCUAUGAUUGUGAUGCUCCAGUGAUUGUUUUUGCAAGCAUUUUUUUUUUUUUUAUAAAUGCAACUUAUGGAGAUUGAAUCAGGUGAGAAAAUGCUGAUCUUUUGAUUAAUCUUGCUCUUUCAUUCACAGAGAAAUGGCUGGAAGAUCCGAAAUGCAAGGGAGAGAGCCGGUAAACGAGCAGAUGGUAGCAAACAUGUACACAUCCAUGAGAACUGAGCUAAACCAGAUAUACUCCAAAAUCACUGAACUGGAGAUGGAAGUGAGCGAGCACUCAUUGGUCAUUAAUGCCAUCCAACCCCUCGACCCUACCAGGCGCUGCUACCGCAUGAUCGGAGGGGUGCUCGUAGAGAGGAACAUCAAGGAGGUCCUGCCAGCAGUGCAGCGUAACAAAGAAGGGAUCGAGGAAGUAGUUGCCAGGCUGAACGAAGCCCUGGAAAAGAAGAAGAAGGAGAUUGCCGACUUUGAAGCUAAAUACAAGAUCAGGAUGAGGAAAGCUGAUAGUGACAUGAAGGAUGAAGAAGGUAGCAAGAAGGAAGGCGGCUCCCAGGGAGUCCUUGUGGGCCCUGCAGGCUCAGCGGACUGAAUCAUUCAGACGCAAGUUCCAUCCUUGUUUUCAUGAUCGUCUGUUCGCAUAGCCAUGCUGCACACCAUCUUAGAUCGAAUAACUCAGUUUCAGUUGU